GCUCAAAACGGGGAGCACAGUCACCUCGCAAUUUUGCUGACAAACCGGGGGACUUCCUCCAAGUGGAGUCAACACGGGGACCCCCAAGGUCAUUAUUGUAGUGUCACAUCGUUCCCAUUGUUAUUUGAAUUGGGUUGGCUUGGUUUGACUUCGUUUGGUUUGUUUUUAUUUUUUUAUUUUUUUUUAUUUUUGUUAUUUUCCAAACCCAGGCUCUGCGAAGGCGUUGGAGAAAGCGCCGCAAGAAGAAGCGGCCACACGAAAGAGGCCACGCUUGUAGCAGGAAAUAACUGGGCGGUCGGCGGCGCAUAAGGCUCCACUGCCGCUUCGCGGCCACUUCCCCGCCGCUCAACCUCACGAUGAACGCGCACGCGAAGGACGCCGCGAAGCGGCACGAAGUGGAAAUUACCAAGCUGACGAAGGACGAAAUGACGUUCGUGCUGCACAACAGCAACACGGGCAUGGCGAACGCGCUAAGAAGAAUCAUGCUGUCGGAAAUCCCAACACUAGCCAUCGACGUGGUGAAUGUAUACGAAAACACGAGUCCAUUCCACGACGAAUUCCUAGCACACAGAUUAGGGUUAAUACCUAUCGACAGCACAAAUGUUAAAAAUUUCGAAUUUAGGGAAAAAUGCAAAUGCAAAGAGACCUGCUCGAAGUGCACCAUUCAGUAUUUGAUCCAAGUGAAAUGCAACAAUGUUAGCAAAAUUGAAAUAACUCAUCAUGAUAUUGAGUCUGUGGAACAUGAGCCGAACGUUCCCAUGCCUGUCCCCUUGGAGGAUAGAAACAACCAGAUGGCGGAGAGCAAUGCCAUUCCAAUUGUUACUUUAUCUAAAAAUCAAACGUUGCAUAUGAAGCUAAUAGCCACGAAAGGAAUAGGAAAAAUGCAUGCCAAGUGGAUUCCUGCAAAUGUGUCCUACAGAAUUGACCACAAGGUUGCCAUCAAACAUCACCUAAUCAAUUCCCUAUCCAGGGAACAUAAGCUUUUGCUAGCCAACAGCUUAAAUAAAAAUUGCUACGUUUUGAAAAAUGCAGAGGCUCAUGAUAGGGAGGUGUCCCUAAGGCUAAAUGAAAAUAUGAGCGUCGUCAUGGCAGAGAGCUGUAUUGAAUUUCUAAACGAAUUGGGAUACAAAGACGUGGUUAAAAUUAUUUACGAUGAGACGAAGUUUCAUUUUAAGGUCGAGUCUGUUGGGUCCAUGCCGCCCGAGCAGGUUGUCGAAAUGGCCAUUGAAAUUUUGGAGAACAAGUUGAAGACGCUGGAGCCCCAAAUCAAGGCCUCCUACUACUCCAUCGACGAGGUCGCCAAGCAGCUCAAGGAGCAGGGCGUCUCCCUCUACGGAAUUCAGCUCGACCUCGAGUGA